AUGCCACUCAUCGAGAAGUCAUAUUCCGCCAUCAUGAGCGCAAUCAAGAGCUCAUCUUUACCCAAGACUUCUUUCUUGGUUUUCUACUCAUCAAUUGUGGAUGGCAAAAUGUGGUGCCCUGACUGCGUUGACGUCGAGCCUUCUGUGCGUGAAGCCUUCGACGGCGCCGACAAGCCCGAGGCCAUGCUCUACUAUGUUGGCAAGAAGGAGGAAUGGCGCACACCUGAAAACGUUGCCCGUGUUGAUUGGAACGUCCGUGGCAUCCCUACUGUCAUCAAGUUGGAAGAGGGAAAGGAGACCGCCCGUGUGACCGAGACCGAGAUCUUGGACAGCAGCAAAUGGCAGGCUUUCCUCAAGGACUAA